AACUGAAUUCAACAACUUAGCUAUUGUCAGACACGACAAGAUGCGAGUUCAGAGACUUUCAGGAAUGCAGAAGCAAGUGCUCAGCUUAUAUAGAGGAUUUCUUCGUGUCGCCCGAUCCAAAUCUGAUAAAGAACGACACAAGAUAGAGUCGAUAAUAUCAGAAGAGUUCCGCCGAAAUUCCACGGAAGUAGACCGGAAGAAUUUUCAAUACAUUGAGUACUUACUCCGUCGUGGCAAGAAACAGCUUGAUCAGCUUAGAAGCCCUGGCACCACUGGGUUAACUUCAUUAGAAGUUGAUUUGUCUAGAACCAACAAGACUAACUCUUAAAGUAAGGAUUAGAAUGCAUGUCAUUUGUUAUUACCAAAGAAAUAUAUUUGUAAUCAUGUUUUAACAUCAUAUACUAAUUUUAACAAAAUAUUUAAUUGUAAUUUCAUGCUAUAGAUUUGCACAUAUUAAUUACCAAAAUAUUUAAUGGUAAUUUCAUGCUAUAAAUUGUUUGCACAUUAGACACUUUCCCAAACUUUAAAGGCCCAUGCAAAUGCUUAGCUUGAAGCUAUACUAGGAUACUUAUAUAAUUAAUUGUAUAUCAAAUUUCAUAAUUAGAAAUGUUACAAAGCCAAUGAUUUUUGGCCAGUAGUGAACUAAUAUACUAGAUUUUUUUUAUAUUUUAUUAGUUUUUUACACACGCAUAUACACAUAAUUUAAUAUCAUUUGUACUCAUAUUAUACGGUCUGUAGUCUGUACACAGAUUGAUAGAGAAAAGAAGCAUUAUUGUUGAUAUUGUUAAUACCAUGCAAGGUUAUCCUCCUAUGGAUAUUGGCUCUUUAUAUCUUAGGGAGGUUUGUGAUAUUCUCGCUCUUGGAAUAUUUUCUCUUGAUUUUAGAUCUCCGGUUCCAUAACCCAAGAAAGUGGUGUUGUGAGGAGAAUUCAUUUUCUCGGUUAUGGCUUGAGAUUAAUGGUGUUCAACCUUGAAGGCUAUUACUGGAAUUUGGUGUUCAUGUGUUGAUUUUGAUGAAAAAUAGCUUCUAGAAGGUUCCUUGCUGUUAAAGCAUGCUUU